AUGACGAGCCAUGCCCCGAUGCCCUCCAUCACUCGUCCGCCACGCCGGCCCUUGAGUGCUUCUAGCUCCAACGUCAUUCUCGACCCGCCCUCCUCGGGUUUCUCUGGCUACUCGCCCUACAAGACGAAAUCUUCAUCGCCUCGCUCUCCUCUCAAGUCCUCUCAAGGCCCCAGACUCAACAUGGUGUCCAUGGCCCCUCCCAUGGCCAAGAGCAACACCACCGACAACCUCCAGAAGAAGCCACAGCUCUCCAAGUUCAAGACCGGCCCCCAAAAACCAACCUUUGAACUCAAUUUUGGCAAGGAAAAUAUCCAGCCACAAAUCUUCCCGGCUCCCGGCGCCAUUAAUUUCUCAAUGGAGAACUACUACCACCAGAAGCCCAACGCCAAUGGCAAGCGCGGCCUCAUGGACGCCGCCCCGAUUCGAGACGCCCGCGCCAAGAGGCCCAAGUCCGAGGACAAUGCCCUGCCGCCUCACGACUCUUUCCCUCCCAUCUCGGACGAUGGCACGAAACCUCCCCACAGCUACGCUCAGCUCAUUGGCAUGGCAAUCCUUCGGUCCCCCAUGCGUCGCCUCACCCUCGCCCAAAUUUACAAGUGGAUCAGCGACAACUACUCCUUCUACAACCCCAACGAUGCCGGCUGGCAAAACAGCAUCCGUCACAACCUGAGCUUGCACAAGAACUUUAUCAAGAUUGAGCGACCCAAGGACGACCCCGGCAAGGGCAACUACUGGGGCAUUGAGCCCGGCACCGAGCACCAGUUCCUCAAGGAGAAGCCCCCACGAAAGUCGGCUCCUUCUGCAGAGAACCUACCCGUCAUGUCAACGCGUCUGGAACCCUCGAUACGCUCCAAUCCCUACAUGAACCUCUCCGAGCCUACUCUGCCGCCUCAAGGCUCUCGUCGCCAGCCUGCCCUUCCGCCACUGCCUACCUCGCAGGCCAACAUGUCGAUGCCCGCCGAGAUUUCCUCCGACGCCACCAUUCCCGUCUCGGACCCGGCUGCUCCCGAGGACGGUGCCGACCGCCACGACAACGAUCAGUCUCACGACGCCAUGUAUUCGCCUCUGCCCGCCACCAUGCACUCAUCGCCACCUGUGCCUCGACACGGAGAGAGAAGGGGCACGCCGCCUCCCAUGGCAGGCCAGCCCGCUUCGUCCAUUUCUCGCUCCCACAAGCGCAAGUUUGCCUCGAUGGACGACAGUGGCUACAUUUCUUCGCUCGAAUCUUCUGCCAUGCGUCCGAAUCAAAAGGCUAUGCUCCUGACCUCGGAAGCGGAUCGUCCCAUCAUCAGGCCUGGUCGCGCUGAGGAAGAAAUUGUCCGUCUGCGGUCUUCGCCCUUUAGCCCAACCAAAUCUCGCUCUCUGUCCUUCUACGGCCCCGUUUCCUCCUCUCCCCUUAGACAGGCCCGCGAGAGCCAAGCUCUAAUGCCUUUCACGCCCAUCGUCAAGAUGAAGCCUCCUGCACGCCCUCCUCCCUCCGUCUCGCCCAACACCAACCUGCGUAUCCACCGCGACAAGGUCCGCCACAUGCUCAACUCUCCCCUCCGUCGCGUUACUGGCGCCGCAGAGGAGGCGCUGCCCUGGAGCCCGGCUUUCAACCUCGACGAGACUCUUUACGCCUUCGAUGAACUCCCUACUAACGUCCCCGAUUUUGACAUCUUCCAAGACCUUGCUGGUCUGGAUGAAAACACUUUUCCCGUCAUUGGCUCCGUGGACUCGGGCUCGCCUGUCAAGCGAUCUGCCAAGCGCGCCCGUCUCGAUCGAUCUGUUUCGUCGUCUGGUAUUGACCAGCUGACGGGGUCGAUCAAGAAGUCCAUUACUUCUGCUCCGCUGCUCCGUGUUCCCGAGCACUCGCCUCUGCGCUUCCUUGACACUCCGAGCAAGGCCUUUGAAGGGCUUAGCUCUCCGUCCAAGAUGCUGCAGCAGUCCCCCACGCGUGCCUCGCCAAGCAAGUUUUCCGCUGCUAUGCUGGAAAUGUCUGCCGAUGAUACGUGGCCGCCGCUGGCCAUGGACCCCAGCGAUUUUGCCUCGGGCAAUGAGAACAUUGAGUUUGGCGGCCUUGAUAUACUUCAGGGCUUCCAAAAGAUUGGCUCGGGCUCUCAACAGCCCAAGCCGACUCGCCCUACCAAGACCUUGGGACGCAGCUACUCGACGGCGUUUUGA